AUGUUGAGUCAAGGACAUGUACCAAGUACGACUUCCCUCACUCUGUGCCAUGUGUGUUAUAAACAUUUUAAAGUGAGGCAGGAUGGUACUCUCGUUAGACAUGGCGGAAAAGUGAAAGGCUCAGAAUGUCCGGGAUCUUUGAAGCACCCACCUUCGAGCAGAAAACGAAGGUCACUCAAUGUCGUCAACGCCAACAUCUCAAAGACGAGUGAAGACUCAAGGGUCCUUGAUACCGCUGUCGAUAUGAAGAGUAAAUCGUCACUGGCUGAAAAAUUUUUUGAAAAAUCAUCGGGCUGUCGGUUAGUUGACCAUGUGCCCAAGCAAUCACGUGGUAAGUUUGGCCGGAUGUUGAAGGAUAUUUUGAAAAACAUCUGUGAUAACCCAUCAAAUUCCAUUCUCUGGUUCAGGGGCAAGAUGAGAGUUCGUAAACCAAAGCUUAAUGCUUUAGUCAAAUGCAAAAUAGAACAGGGAAACGUGAGAAAUGCUAUGAGGAUUUUAGCAUCGACGGAUACGAUGGCUCCGGAUUCGACAGACACUAUCAACUCCCUAAAGGACAAACAUCCUCCCGCUCCGUUGGACAGAAAACCAAGUCCCAACAAAGAAUCGACAAGCGUUACAGUUAAUCCCCAACAAAUUAUGUUGUGCUUGAGGCAGUUUCCAAAAGGAACCUCAGGAGGUAGAGAUGGCCUAACCCCACAGCAUUUAAGGGAUUUAACGCAUGAUAAAAUAGAAACAGCAGAACUUAUCAGUGCCAUGACCGGUUUUAUCAAUUUGCUGUUGAGUGGCGUUUGUCCACCCGAGGUAGUUCCAUACUUGUUUGGCGGGAGAUUGGUGGCCUUAAUUGAGAUGAAUGACCUAGAAUUUUUGGGUUCGAUAGUUUGUAGAGGAAAACGCCAUGAUAAUUUUUGGGCUAAAAAGCUGGAGGAUUUUAAACAUAUUAUGUCAAUGAUGACGGAGAUUGGCAAGCAUGACGCCCUUGUCCUGUUGACGCAGGCAGCAUUCAUUCCAAGGCUGUCAUACUUUUUACGUACAUCUCUUGGCCCGUCUCAACAAAAGUCAGAUGAAUUCAACAACGAACUACGCAUGGGUUUUCAGAAGAUAUUUAAUGUGUUUUUUGAUGAUAAAGGUUGGAAGCAGGCUAUAUUGCCGGUAAAUAUGGGUGGACUGGGUUUGGGUGUCGUUGCCGAGUUGGCACCGUCAGCAUUUUUGUCAUCGGCCGCGGCCACGGCAGCCCUCCAGGAUAAAAUAUUACCAAUGGAUGUAGCAUACCAGGAUGAUUUGAGACUUGAAACAUUUCGGCGUUGGUGCACGGUUUACGGAGAUAUAAUGGACAUAAAUGUGUGUUCGCAGAAGAAAUGGAAUGAACCAUCUUUGAAUGUUUCAAAAUCGAAACUGGAGAAAUUAAAUGACUCUCCCUCAGAUAAGGCCAGGUUGAUGGCCGUCAGAAGUGAAUUGGGGUCUGCUUGGCUAAGGGCCAUUCCCAGUACAGCUUGUGGUAUAAGGCUCGACAAUGGUUCUAUUAGAGUGAGUUUAUGCUUGAGACUUGGGUUGCCGGUGGUGUCAGGUUACAGAUGCUUGUGUGGGGCGGAUGUUUCUCAGUUGGGUCACCAUGGUUUAUCGUGUAGGCUUGGUUCAGGAAGACAAGCAAGACACUCUGCCAUGAAUGAUUAUAUAUGCAAAUUAUUCCAGAAAGCAGAUAUACCCGCCGUUAAGGAACCAGCAGGCCUACUAUCUGAAAGCAACUUCAGGCCAGAUGGUUACACCCUGGUACCGUGGUCCCAAGGCUGUUGUUUAUCAUGGGAUGUGACGUUCCCUCACACGUUAGCCGAAAGGUACAUCAAUUACACGGCUAUGGAGCAAGGUUCCGCCGUGGUGAAGGCUGCUGAUUUCAAAAAUACUAAGUAUAAAGAUUUAAACGACAAUACGAGAGUUUUUGUUCCGAUCUGUGUGGAGACAUUUGGCCCAGUGGAUAAACAGACACAAUUAUUUUUUGAUAACAUUGCUACUAAAAUAGUUGAAAAAUCUGGUGAUCCCAAUGAUAAAAUUUAUAUAAAGCAAAAUAUAUCGUUGUUGUUACAAAAGUUUAAUUCAUUUUGUAUUUUAGAGAACAUUGCUAAGUGCCCUUCUGUGCGAGACCCUGUACACUAA